AUGAGGUCGGCAAUUAAAGAAAAAGCAGAUGCGGUCAUUGCGGCAGCUGUUCCCGACACGAUUCCCUUGGUAAAUUUCCUCGCUCUUACGAGAUCCGGCGAGGUGCUAUACCAAGCGACUGCAGGGUCGAGGCAGGCUGGUUCGGAUAUACCGUUGCAGCUUGGUGAUAUAUUUUGGCUUGCAUCUCAUACGAAAAUUUUAGGCAUGAUGGCUUUGUUGAAGUGCGUUGACAUGGGUUUGAUCGGCUUGGAUGACAGUGUUCUCUCGAAAUUACCUGAUUUGGCGCUAGAGCAAGUUCGCUUAAAUCCCGAUGACCCAGGCUCGGCGACUCGACUGAGGGUUGGGGACAUUACGGUUCGGAAUCUUCUUACAUUUACGGCUGGAAACGCUUAUCCUGUGGUGGAUUUCCUAGCAACACUGAGCCCGGUUGAGAUUGUUGCUGAUCCAGAGCCUUUUUUCCCUAACAACAAGAGCGUAUAUGCUGGUGCUCACGCAAAUGAUCCUAACCAGGUAUGGCGUUACGGGGCGGAGGCUGAUUAUGCAGGCCUUCUUGUCGAGAAUUUAACUGGUGUUAGCCUGGGUGAUUUUAUCCAAGGGGAGUUGCUGGGUCCCGCCGGUGUCAGUGGUGAAGACUUCACCUUCAGGCUCAAUAAGGAGCAGACCAGCCGACUAGUGAGUCAGCAUGUUAGGGUGAAUGAAUCAUUAAUUGUGCCCAGAGGUCCUAUCUACAACGACACCAAUAUUCAAUUUGAAAGCGCUGGUGCGGGUGGCUUUGCGACAAUCGAGGCAAUGGGACAAGCGCUAUUGCCUUUGAUAAAUGGCGGAAAACAUCCGGUUACCGGCGCGAGGAUUUUGAGUACGUCUAUUGUUGAAGAGGCCUUACGUCCGCAGCUUUCUGCAGUUGAGCUGGCAAAUGGCCUGGACGCACCGUCGCAGGCGUCCAACGAUGGGGGAGUUUUAUUUCCUGGGACAGCUAAACAGUGGGGCUUAGGCGCACUAUUGUUCCCAGCAGGUUUCGAGACGGGUCGCGGAAAUGGCACUUUCGCGUGGGCAGGGUUUUGUAACACGAAUUGGCAUGCAGACAACGAGAAAGGUGUCGUCGUGCUUGGGUGGAGUCAGUUCAUUCCCCAAGACGACCCGACCUUCAAUACUGUUGUUAGGUACCCCAUUGAGGAAAUCUUAUAUGAUGUGAUAGGGUCUGGUUUUUGA